AUGUUGAACCUCAAUGAUUCUACUGUACAUGAGGAGGAGAUAUGGGACAACUUAAUAUAUUUAAAACACCUUCAGUUUCGAAUAUGCCGAGGACUUCUGUUCUAUACUCCUCACUGGUUAUGGAAGACCUGGGAAGGCGGCAAGCUGGACUCCAUCGUGAUGGGUCUCUCUAUGCCUGUCAUGAGCAAGGAUGAACGUCACGAGAAAAUCCACCUACUGGCAGACUACCUGUACUCCUCUAUCCACUAUCAUAACUUUUACGCCAUCAAGUUCUUCCUCUGCGAGUUACUAAACUUGGGGAAUUCGCUGUUCAACAUGUGGUUCCUGAACAAGUUCUUAGGGGGUAUGUUCUUCAAAUAUGGUAUUGAUGUAUUGUAUUUCACAGAGACCAACCAGGAAGAGCGGACGGACCCUAUGAUCGUCGUCUUUCCCCGAGUAACCAAGUGCAACUUUAACAUGUACGGUCCUUCUGGAUCCAUCGAGACUCACGACCUAAUGUGUGUUCUCGCUCUCAACAUCAUUAAUGAGAAGAUAUACGUCUUCCUGUGGUUCUGGUUUGUCAUCCGGUGCAUUAGUACCUUAGCACUUGUCUACCGUCUUUUAGUGUUCUGUGUCCCGGCGAUUCGCUCUGGUCUUCUACAGAAGCGAGCAGGGCUACGAUUUAAGAACGGCCUGACGUUAUCUCAAAAAACUCAAGUGGGAGAUUUCUUCUUGCUUUAUCUUUUAAGCAAAAAUGUAGAGCUCGUGUCUUUUAGCUUUUUGAUGGAAGAGUUGGCAUCACGACUAACAAACAGACCCAUUCACCCAGACCUAGAGAUGUCGGCGCCACCGCCACUCCCAGAACGAUUUCACCUCAUGAACGAAAAUGCGUGACAUCUCCCACCUGCUACAAGCACACUGACGAGACAACACACAGUACUGAUUUGCUCUAUAUUUAACAAUAUGUAAAAAAAUGAUUAACCUCUCUUUUACCUCCUUAGCAUUUUAGCAUUUAGUUAUCUUAUAGAGAGUGUUAGUGUGAUUAUUGUCCAAGUUAUACGGUAAAGACAAACGCCCAACGUGUUUAACGAUGGUGACUUCAGUAGUGUCAGUUCCACUUCACACUUAAUAUUGUAAUGAUGACAGUGUGGUUGCGUGAUGUGAUUAUGGCAGUGUUAGUGUGUGAUGAGAUGAUGGCAGUGUGGGUGUGUAAUGUAAUGA